AUGGCGUCUCCCGAGCAGAUUCCCGGGCAGGAAUACGACUAUGAAGCCCUCCCCUCGAACUACGGCUUAGGCCGGAAUAUGCUGGCUGGCGCUUUUGCAGGAAUAGCAGAACACUCUGUUAUGUAUCCGGUCGACUUGCUGAAGACACGCAUGCAAAUCCUGCAUCCCUCGAACGGCGGGCUCUACACAGGCUUGACCAAUGCGGUUUCGACCAUCUACCGGAUUGAAGGCUGGAGGACGCUAUGGAAGGGCGUCUCGAGUGUUAUCGUUGGUGCUGGUCCGGCUCAUGCCGUUUACUUUGGUACAUACGAGGUUGUUAAGGAGAUGGCCGGUGGCAACGUGGACGAUGGGCACCACCCGGUAGCAGCUGCGCUGAGCGGUGCGUCCGCAACCAUUGCUAGCGACGCCUUGAUGAACCCCUUCGAUGUCAUCAAGCAACGCAUGCAGGUCCAUGGCUCGGUACACAAGAGUAUCCUUCAAUGCGCCCGCUCCGUCUACAAGGCGGAGGGUCUCCAGGCGUUCUACGUAUCCUAUCCCACUACGCUUUGCAUGACGGUGCCUUUCACCGCCACUCAGUUUGUCGCCUACGAGUCCAUCUCCAAGGUCAUGAACCCGUCGCAGGAUUACGACCCGUUCACGCACUGCAUGGCGGGAGGUCUGGCGGGUGCAUUCGCCGCCGGUAUCACCACCCCGCUUGACGUUGUAAAGACGCUGCUGCAGACCCGAGGGCUGGCCCAGAACGAGGAGAUCCGGUCGGCCAAGGGUCUGUUCAACGCUGCGGCCAUUAUCAAGCGGCAAUUUGGCUGGAAGGGAUUCCUGCGUGGCGCUCGCCCCCGCAUUAUUUCUACCAUGCCCAGCACUGCCAUUUGCUGGACCUCGUAUGAGAUGGCCAAGGCCUACUUCAAGGGCCAGGUGGACAGCUAG